CAGCUUCAACUUGAAGAAGUCGACAUGAUUCGGGCGGUGAUGGUGAUGAAUACACAGGGCAAGCCUCGGCUUGCCAAAUUCUACGAUUUUCAGCCCCCGGAGAAGCAGCAGGAGCUGAUUCGGAGCGUUUAUGGAGGUUUUCUGUGCAGUAGAGCUGAGAAUGUAAGCAACUUUGUCCAGGCUGAUGCAAUUUUCGGUCCGGAUACUUUGAUGGUAUACAAGCAUUAUGCAACCCUUUACUUUGUCUUUGUGUUUGAUAGUUCUGAAAAUGAACUAGCUAUGCUUGAUCUUAUACAAGUAUUUGUUGAGACGCUGGACAAAUGCUUCAAGAAUGUGUGUGAACUUGACAUUGUGUUCAAUUUUAGCAAGAUGCAUACUAUUUUAGAUGAGAUCAUAUUUGGAGGUCAAGUGCUUGAAACGAUUUCAGCAGAAGUAAUGAAGGCUGUUGAUGAAAUCACCAAGUUGGAGAAGGCCUCAAAUGCAGUAACACUUGUUCCCAAAUCAGUUUCUGGCUGGCAGAGUCGAUGAUACGUGACAAUUGGUUUGCAACGUAACUGUGGAUGCAUUGUUCUUGCACAUUUAAGCAAUUUUCGGUGUCAUUCCAACAUUUGUAUUUGAUAUUGGCAUUGUGAAUGGAAGUAAAACCUUUGAAAUCAACUAUCAGAAAAAAGUAAAUUUUGGAGGGUUCAUGUGGUA